UUAUUUUCCUACAUUACUAGUACAGUCAGUACACGACAUUUAUUCUGCCGAAGCUUCCGAGUGAAGUUAGUUACAAAUGAUUUGGCAAGCAGCCGCCACAGUCCUACACUUUCGCACUUAAAAAGUAAAAGAGAUAAAACAAAAAAUUACAAUGGAAAAUAACUUAGAACGUUUGCUUGACGAGACCUUAAACAAUCCGGGUGUUGUUGGUGUCUUGUGUGCGGAUAAACAGGGACUAUGUCUGGGAGUUAAAGGCACUGCCACACCCGAGUCAUCAGGGAUAGUGGUUGCUCUAUCUCAGCAGGCUGCGCUACUCAAACCAGCGGCGAGCACUGCGCCCGUCAUUUGCCUGGAAUCAGACAAAGGAAAUGUCCUAGUGAAGUCCCAUGAAGACACAACUCUCGUAAUCCACAAAAUGCCAGUCUAUUGAAGCAUUUCUGAUCACGGUGACCAAGAGAUGGGUUAAUCUGAUGGGCGGAGUCAGGAUCACCAGAAGGAAGGGGGCUACUGCAUGUACAUGUAUGACAACACCCUAGCAGAAAAAAAUGCUUUAAAGGCUAUAGGAUCAUUUGCAUUUAGCCCAAAAGUAACCUGCCAAUUUAUUAUCAACAAGCUUUAAUUAUUACUUUGAUUUAACAUAAUACUGGUACUAAACACCCAAUGAGAUUAUUCCACCUGGCUUGCCGUCAUUCAGAAGAAGUCAGAAAGUGUAGGUGAUUUCCAACAAUCAGUCAAUUACAGAGAUAUAGAAACAAAAUUGCAUUUAGUGAUCAAAAAGCUGUGCACGGUUUUCACCAUUUUCUUAAAAAGUGUAAAGCAUGUAACAUCCACAGACCUGAAACUUCAUUCUUUAGAUUUUGAGUGGUAUUAUUGGAAUGAACAACAUGCAUGAAAGGCAAUGAUCCUAUAUGCCUUAAACGAGAUUGAUAGUUAUGAAAUAAGCCCUCAUCCUGACAAAGAUAAUUUGACAAUAAGAAUAUAAUGUUGCUAGGAUAAUAACUCUUUGAGUACAUAAAUUGUCUUAUUUAGAUAGAAUUUGGCUUGCCAUCUCAUACAGGCACAAUAUAAAUCUAAUAUACCCAAGGGCGGAUCCAGAACACAAUUUUUUUGGGGGGGGGGGG